AUGGCACCGGCUGACGAGGACGGACACAUGGAAGUGAAGACUCCGCAGCUGGGGGAAGCAACAGAGGAGGACACGGCAUGGGGAACCGCCAAGAGGGAGGGGAAGAUCAAAGGGGGAUUUGGCACAGGAAUCUGUAACUUUGUAAGCGGCCUUUAUGGGGGACUAUUUGCAGACCUUGGCUGCGCUGUCGCUGCUGCUGCCGAGUCCCGGCCCCGGCCCUGGCCCUGGUCGCUGCUGCUGCUGCGGGGCGGUCACUGUAGGCCCCGGUCCUGGCCCCGGCCCUGGUCGCUGCUGCUGCUGCUGCGGGGCGGCCACUGUCACUGUCUCUGUCGGUCCUGGUCCUGGUCCUGGCCGCCCGGGCCCUGCUCCUGCUCGCUGAGAGGUUACACAACUACUGCUGCUUCUGAGACGGGAAUUCCUCAGAAGGACUCCAACCUUGCACCAAAUAUUGAAGGCCCUUUGCAAAACUACGAAUCCUUGGUGAGACAAGGAGUUAUAAAACACGAUGAAAACCAGAAAAAGGUGGUGCAUUGUCUACAGAAGCUGCACGAAAUACUGCAAGGAUACAAUCCUGGCCAGAAGAACAUAUUUUCACAGUUUUUUGAAAGAUCCAAACCUCCCAAAGGCCUUUAUGUUUAUGGAGAUGUUGGUACUGGGAAAACCAUGGUGAUGGACUUAUUCUAUUCUCAUGCAGCAGUUAAGAAGAAGAGCCGAGUACAUUUUCACGGUUUCAUGCUUGAUGUCCAUAAAAGAAUUCAUCGUUUAAAGCAGACCUUGCCAAAGAGGAAGCCUGGUUUAAUGGCAAAAUCGUACGAUCCAAUAGCUCCCAUCGCCUCAGAAAUCAGUGACGAGACAUGCCUGCUGUGUUUCGACGAGUUUCAGGUGACAGAUAUUGCUGAUGCCAUGAUACUGAAGCAGCUUUUUGAAAACCUAUUCAGAAAUGGCGUUGUUGUUGUGGCCACAUCCAACAGACCACCUGAAGACCUCUAUAAAAACGGGCUUCAGAGGUCCAACUUUGUGCCAUUCAUCGCCGUGCUGAAGGAAUAUUGUGAUGCUAUCCAAUUGAAUUCUGGAAUUGACUACAGGAAAAGGGCUGGUUCUAGAACAGUGCAACUUUAUUAUCUCACAAGUGAAGUUGAUGUGGAAGCUGCCCUGGAUGAGCUAUUUGAUGAGCUGGCUCGGAAACAAAAUGAUAUAACAAGACCAAGGAUUUUGAAAGUGCAAGGUAGAGAGCUGAGAUUGAGCAAAGCUUGCGGUACCCUGGCCGACUGCACGUUUGAGGAGCUGUGCGAUAAACCCCUUGGAGCGAGUGACUACUUGGAAAUGGCUCAACAUUUUGACACCGUAUUCAUCAGGAACAUACCAAUGCUGACUUUGGCAAAGAAGACUCAAGCUCGCCGCUUCAUCACUCUUAUUGAUGCCUUUUACGAUCAUAAGGUCAGGGUUAUUUGCUCAGCUGCAAUGCCAUUGGAGAAUAUAUUUGUUCAGAAGGAUUAUGACAGCCACGCAGAUGAUGCCAGGGUGUUUGUGGAUGACCUAGGAUUGAACCACAAGGUGGAGGAGCUCUCGAUCUUUUCCGGAGCUGAGGAAAUAUUUGCAUUCCAGCGCACGGUCUCCCGGCUCACGGAAAUGCAAACGGAGGAGUACUGGGAGGAAGGAUGCCGGAGCGGGAAGUGACUGAGUGCCGACUGAGUGUAAGACUAACGCCACAAACUGCAGCCAACUAUGGAUCAAAUUGAAGGACCGUGAUGUGCAUGAUGAACUAUAAGUGCAUCUUUUUUUGUUAACUGGACCAUUUAACAAACUUCCACACAUUUGCCGGGCCCAAACUGAUAUGCCGUUGUGCUUAAGAUAUAUAUAUAUAUAUAUGUAUGUAUGCUUCUCUUUUAAUGGACACUUUCCUUUUGAAUUGCUUUUUGAAGAGAUAUCAUCUGAUCAAUAUUUCUUGAUUUAUUUUCUCUACUGCCCCACAUUUAUUUACCUUGCUGGAGUUUCCAUUCUUAUGUAAUUUGGCCUUUUGCUUGGACGGCUGGAACAAGAUAAGGGGAUAAAAUCACGCAUCAGGAGCGGCACGAUGGCGCAGCGUUAGAGUCGCUGGCUCACAGCGCCAGAGACCCGGGUUCCAUCCUGACUACGGGUCAAUAGACAACAGGUGCAGGAGUAGGCCAUUCGACCCUUCGAACCAGCACCGCCAUUCAAUGUGAUCAUGGCAGAUCAUCCCCAAUCAGUACCCCGUUCCUGCCUUCUCCCCAUAUCCCCUGACUCCGCUAUUUUUAAGAGCCCUAUCUAGCUCUCUCUUGAAAGCAUCCAGAGAACCGGCCACCACCGCUCUCUGAGGCAGAGAAUUCCACAGACUCACAACUCUCUGUGAGAAAAAGUGUUUCCUCGUCUCCGUUCUAAAUGGCUUACCCCUUAUUCUUAAACUGUGGCCCCUGGUUCUGGACUCCCCCAACAUGUUUCCUGCCUCUAUUGUGUCCAAGUCAAGUCAAGUCAAGAGUGUUUUAUUGUCGUAUAUUCCCGAUGGGACAAUGAAAUUCUUACUUGCUGCAGCACAACAGGAUAUGUAAAUAUGUAAACAUUGUAUAUAAAGGGGGAAGAGAAAGACAAAGUACAAUAAAUAACAGAUCUAGUGCAAUAAUAAUAUAGUCUUUUGCAGUUCAGAGCUCAGAGCUUAGUCAUUGUUGUGUUUAAUAGCCUGAUGGCUGUGGGGAAGCAGCUAUUCCUGAACCUGGACGUUACAGUCUUCAGGCUCCUGUACCUUCUUCUGGAUGGCAAAUGUUGGAAAUGAGUCUGUACGGAGUUUGUACGUUCUCCCCGUGACCUGCGUGGGUUUUCUUCGAGAUGUUCCGUUUCCUCCCACACUCCAAAGACGUGCAGGUUUAUAGGUUUAAGUGGUUUGGUGUAAUAAAUGUAAAUUGCCAAUUGUGAAUGUAAAAAUUGCCCCUAGUGUGUGUGUGUGUGUGUGUGUGUGUGGGAUAGUGUUAGUGUGCGGGGAUCGCUGGUCGGCACGGUCUCGGUGGGCCGAAGGGCCUGUUUCAACGCUGUAUCUCUAAAGUAAACUAAAGAAAACUAAAGAAAAAAUAACAAGCUCCAUCAAAUCCAGUCCUUCCACUGACGUUAUGAUCUCCCUCUGUGGGCAAUGCUCCAUCUGUUUCAUCACCUCAGGGAAACUCUUAAGUAUUUAUGCAUAUUUAAGUUCUUAUGAAUAAACGUAUUUAACGUCAAGAAAUGUUCUUAUUCUUUCUACCGGGUGACAUGUUUAAUCAAUUCUUUAACCCUCACAGGUUGAACAGUUAAAUAACAGCUGGAGGAGGCGAUAAAGCAUGGGGGUCGAUGGGGCAUCUUUGUCAGCAUGGGCAAGUUGGGCCGAAGGGCCUGUUUCCGUGCUGUGACUCUCUGACACCAUAACAUAGAGCAUUAAACAGUACAGCCAAUACUGUC